CUCCACCACCACCCACAACACCAUCCAUCAUGUCCCUCGCCCAGCGCAUCCCCGAAGUGCUCAAGGACUUCCGCGAGAAGCGCCUGAGCGGCCUCCGCCCCGUCGCGGACUUUUUCGACCACCGCCAGCUCUCGCGCCCGCGCGACCUCAACGACGCGACCCAGCGCAUCACAUACAACACGCGCCACUUCUCGGGCAACUACCUGCUCGUCAUCCUCGUGCUGGCGCUGUACGCCCUCCUCACCAACCCGCUGCUGCUGAUUGCGAUCGCUAUCUUCGCAGGCGGCUUUGCAGCGAUCAACAAGUUUGGCUCCGACCCCGUCGAGGUCGGCAACGCCGUCAUCACGCAGAAGACGCUCUACAUCGCGCUUUUCGUCAUCGGCCUCCCUAUCCUCUUCUUCGCGUCGCCCAUCGGCGUCUUCUUCUGGCUCGUCGGCUCGAGCUCGAUCCUGAUUAUCGGACACGCCGUGCUCAUGGAGCCUGGACUCGAGAGCGAGUACUCUGGUGUCGAGUCGGUCUAAGCGGCACGGAGCGCGGCACGGAGCGGAGCGACGUGGCGCGGCGCGGCGCAGUGGAGCGCCGAGAGGGGAGGAUGGAGGUGAGGACGGCGCGAUUGGGAGGACGCGCUGUCGUGAGAGCAGGACGCGCCGGCACCGAGAUGGAGGAUGACGAGGAUGUCCGAGGACGCCGAGAUGACGCCAGGUACAAGACCAAGUCGAUGCGGUCGCCCAGUCCCCGACCCAGCCAUAUCAAUGCAUAGAUUUUAUCCCG